AUGAAAAAUACGGAUUGUAUUCCCGGUCCAAAACCCCUGCCGGUGGUGGGAAAUUUGUUCGACCUCGACCUCGAUAAUGCCCUAAUGUCUAUUAUCGAAAUGGCGAACGAGUUCGGACCACUCUUCCAAAUUACCAUAAACGGCGAGAAGCAGAUCUUUGCCACCAACCAGGCUCUGGUCGAUGAGCUGUGUGACGAAACCCGCUUCCACAAGGCUGUCAUAGGCGGAAUUGAAAAGUUACGAAUGCUGGCCCAGGAUGGCCUCUUCACAGCCCACCAUGGAGAGCGCGGUUGGGGUAUUGCUCAUCGGAUACUGAUGCCUGCGUUUGGCCCGCUGCGCAUCCGCGACAUGUUCGAGGAUAUGAACGAUGUUGUGCAACAGUUAUGUUUCAAGUGGGCCCGCCAGGGAAGUUCAGCCAGUAUCAAUAUCUCCGAGGAUUUUACCCGCCUCACAUUAGACACCAUCGCCCUCUGCACGAUGAGCUUCCGGUUGAAUAGCUAUUACAACAACGAGACAAUGCACCCGUUUGUACAAUCCAUGCUAUACGUGCUGAAGGAGGCCGAUAUCCAGGCAACACUUCCCGGUGUCGCAAACUGCGUGCGUGUGAAGGCGCAGCGGCGCAUGUCCAAGCAUAUCGGGGCAAUGAGAGCCAUAGCUGGCGACAUCAUCCAAGGGCGCAGAGAAAAGCCGGAGCCAGUCGACGAUCUCCUAAACACACUACUGAACGGGCGUGACCCAGUCACCGGUGAAGGCAUGAGCGAUGAGUUGAUCAUCAGCAACAUCAUCACCUUCUUGAUCGCGGGUCAUGAGACUACCUCCGGUCUAUUGUCAUUUACAUUCUAUUACCUGUUACAACACCCAAAGGUUUUGGAGCAGGCCCGGAACGAAGUUGAUGAGGUCGUCGGGUUGGGGCCAAUCACGGUGCAACAUCUAGCAAAGCUUCCUUACAUCGAUGCAAUCAUGAAAGAGAGUUUGCGCCUGAUGCCCACCGCCCCGGGCUUUACCGUCACACCGAAGAAGCCGGAUGUGCUGGGCGAUAAAUGGAUGGUCAAUCCUGGACAAACCAUUCACGUACUGCUGCCUUCCUGUCUGCGAGACGAGGCUGUCUUUGGGCCCGACGCGGACGAGUUUCGCCCGGACCGCAUGCUGGAAGAGAACUUCUCCAAGCUCCCACCUAACUCGUGGAAACCCUUUGGCAACGGCGAACGCGGUUGCAUUGGCAGGGCAUUUGCCUGGCAGGAAGCUCAACUGGUGGUUGCCUCAAUCCUUCGAACAUUUGACUUGGUAGCAGAGGAUCCUUACUAUAAAUUGCGCAUCAAAGAGACUCUUACAAUCAAGCCCGAUGGCUUCCGGGUCCGAGCAACUCUGCGUCACGGCCAGAGUGCCACGGCGUUAUCCCAACACAAUUUGUCGGCGGGCGCUACUGCCAGCCCGGGGUCGUCAACUCAUCUAGCCGGGAAUGAGAACGGCCAGGGCGCAGCGGGAGGUCAGCCGAUUUCCUUCUUCUACGGUUCCAACAGCGGAACAUGCAAAGCUCUCGCCCACCGCCUGGCAUCGACCAUGACGACUCGCGGAUUUAGCAACCAGCAUCUAGCGCCACUUGAUAGCGCCGUCGACAAUCUGCCGAAAGAUCAGCCAACGAUUAUCGUAACUACCACAUACGAUGGGCAGCCUACGGACGAUGCGAAGAGAUUUCUCGCCUGGCUUGAAAGCGGCAAUGUCCCGUCUCUUCAUGGCGUUUCUUACGCAGUUUUUGGAUGUGGUCAUCAAGACUGGACCAAGACAUUCUAUCGCAUCCCGGUCUUGAUCGAUGACCUAAUGUAUAAGGCUGGAGCCACGCGUCUCGCAAUCAGAGGGGCAGCCAAUGCCGCCAUCAGCGAUCUCUUCUCGGAUCUCGAAGAGUGGGAAGAGACCAACCUACUGCCCGCCCUUCGGGAGAAGUUCGACCUCUCCAACAGCAGCGACUUCAAACCACUAGAUCCGCACCAGCUCCAGAUCAGUAUCAGCAAGCCCGGAAGAGUGGGUAUGCACCGGGACCUCAUCGAGGGUAAGGUGACUGCCAUCCGGACGCUAACGAGCCCCGGGGUUCCGGAGAAGCGGCAUGUUGAAUUUUGCAUCCGGAGCGAAACUACCCUCCGUCCAGGCGACCAUGUCAAUAUCCUCCCCGUCAAUCCGCCUAGCACGGUUUUGAGAGCACUAGCUCAAUUCAAUCUCGCGCCUGAUCAUAUCAUCACGUUCAAGUCUUCCAAUGCGCUCGAUCUGCCCCAGGCCCAACCAGUGUCGGCGGCCGAACUGUUCAGCUCGUAUCUGGAGCUAUCUCAACCGGCAACACGGAAUAAUCUCAAAAGUCUCGCCUCCGCCACUCCGUCAGAUGAAGACAAACAAGAGCUCCUCGAUUUCCACGAUUCUUACGAUUCGCUUAUCCGAGAUAAGCAUGUCUCGGUCUUGGAUCUCCUCGAACACUUCCCCUCCAUCACACUUCCUAUCGCCACAUUUAUCUCCAUGCUCCCCAUUUUGCGCGUUCGCACUUACUCCCUUUCCAUGGCUCCCUCCUUCAAGCCUUUGCACUGUUCGCUCACCUUCUCCAUUGUCAAUGAUCCAGCAUGGAGGGGAAAUGGUCGGUAUCUAGGCGUCGGAUCGAACUAUCUCGCCUCGCUGACCCCAGGGUCGAUUCUCUAUGUAUCUCCACGACCAGCCAAACCCGCCUUCCAUCUCCCGGAAGACCAGUCCAGUAAGCCAAUCAUCAUGAUCUGCGCAGGUAGCGGCCUUGCGCCCUUCCGCAGCUUUAUCCAGGACCGCAUGACCUGGCUGCAACAGGGCAAACCCCUCGCAAAGGCGCUAUUGUUCUUCGGCUGUCGCGGUGCCCAGCUCGAUGAUCUCUACCACGACGAACUAUCUGAGUUUGAAUCUGCGGGCGUGGUCGAGGUCCGGAGGGCAUACAGUAAAGACCCGAAUCACUACCUGGCCAAGGGAUGCCGGUAUGUGCAACACCGGUUGCUUACCGAAACCGAGACCGUCCAGGACAUGUGGGCUCAGAAUGCAACACUUUAUCUCUGUGGUUCGGCCAACCUAGCCAAAGGGGUCAAGGGCGUGUUGGAAAACAUGUUUGGCACGUUAGCUGAGGAGCGAUACAUUACGGAGAUCUUCUAG